CCAUCCAGGGAGGGAUCAACAUGGCCGACGCACCCCGGACUGUACUGAUUUCAGGCUGCUCCUCGGGAAUUGGCCUGGAGCUCGCAGUGCAGCUGGCUCAUGACCACAGGCAGCGCUACCAAGUGGUGGCCACCAUGAGGGACCUGGGAAAGAAGGGGACACUGGAGGAAGCUGCUGGGGACGCUCUGGGGCAGACCCUCACCGUGGCCCAGCUGGAUGUGUGCAGUGACGAGUCAGUGGCCCAGUGUCUCAGCUGCAUCCAGGGAGGGGAAGUGGAUGUGCUGGUGAAUAAUGCUGGAGUGGGCCUGGUGGGGCCCCUGGAGGGGAUCAGCCUAGCUGCCAUGCAGAACGUCUUUGAUACCAACUUUUUCGGGGCUGUCCGUCUGGUCAGAGCUGUCCUUCCUGGCAUGAAGAGAAGGCGAAAGGGCCACAUUGUGGUGGUCAGCAGUGUCAUGGGGCUGCAGGGUGUCGUGUUCAAUGAAGCUUAUGCAGCCUCCAAGUUCGCCCUGGAGGGAUUCUUCGAAAGUCUGGCUGUCCAGCUGCUGCAGUUCCACAUCUUCAUCACCCUGGUGGAACCUGGCCCGGUGGUCACUGAAUUUGAGGGGAAGCUCCUGGAGCAGUUUUCCACAGCCGAGUUCCCAGACACUGACCCCGACACCCUGCGCUACUUCCGGGAUUUCUACCUGCCCACCUCCAGGGAGCUCUUUCACUCUUUAGGACAGAGCCCACAGGAUGUGGCCCAGGUCAUUGUCAAGGUCAUCGGCUCAACCAGACCACCCCUGCGCCGACAGACCAAUGCCCGCUACACCCCGCUGGCUGCACUCAAGGCUGUGGACCCCUCAGGCAGCCUGUACGUGCGCGCCACCCACUGCCUACUCUUCCGCUGGACACGCCUUCUCAACCUUGGCCUUCGAUGUCUGGCCUGCGGCUGCCUCCGCUUCCGAAUAUGGCCCCGGUGA